CUAGAAACUCACCUGUAAACAAACAACUUUACGUGCACCUGUGAUGAGGUAAAGACUUCCAAGUCUAUGAAUCAAGUGAGCGGUUUCGGUUUGGUCGUAAGGAUUUUUGCGUAUUGUUGUGGAAAAAUGUGCGAAUUCGUUAUUUGACUGGGAUUUGGAAUAUACCGAGUGAUUUGUGGAAUAUAGAAGUUUCCUCGGUUUUUUCGCACAGGAUCGACGUGCUGUCAGCAAAAUUAAAAUGUGGAGAAGAAUUGACUGAGUUGAAGGUGGUUCAACAUGGAAUUUGCAAUGGCGAAAACCAUAUUGUGGUUUAUGUUUCUGGUUGUGAGUGUUGAAAUCGUGAGUGCUGAGGAAGGUUGUUAUGGCGCCGUGUUUGUUGCCACCUCUGUUGUACUCACCGUUCUCAUCACGCUCCUGGUAGUUGGUGCUGUCUAUUUUUGGUUCAGAAAAAGACAAAAAUCAGAACAUCUCAUCCUUGAGACGGAUCCGGAAAAGGGGAAAGCAGAGUAUGCCUUCGAUAAUCCAGGAUUCAAAGAUGCAACAAUUCUUGCAAAGUCACAAGACCCAACAAAAUGUGAUCCUGAGAAAGCAGGAAAACAAAAAUGGAACAACUGGGCGGGAAUAUCAUCUAUCACGGCGAAACCGGAAAAAAAGAAGACUCUGGAUGAUUCCUCCCUAAAAGAACAAGAAGUGAAAGUAGUGACAUUGAAGAGUCAUGAUUUCGCUGGGCUAGGUUUUAAUAUCUGCGGAAACAUGAAAGAAGGAAUCUACAUCAAGGAUAUUUUGCACAGAGGACCAGCUUCUGAGUCUGGAAAAUUAAGUCCAGGAGACAGAAUUAAGAGCGUCACCAUCAAUUUCGAUCAUAUAGUUUACGAAGAUGCACUUAGUAUUUUGAGCUUCGCUAGUCCCUAUGAAAUCAGGUUGGAGGCAAAAGGUGGUAGAAUUUUAUUUGGUUCAUCAUCGAAAAGUGGUAAUCCAAGUCACCCGAUUUACCGGAGUUCAUCUAAUGUUCAUUUACAAGAGGUUAUGAAUAUGAGCAAAACGAGAUUGUCCACAGAAAAUUUAACAGACCCAAAUAGCUCCAAUCUAUCCAAAUCAUUGAGCAAUACUACGACACUAGAAAGAAAGGAUUCCAAAUCACCACGACCAACUCAUAAUCAAGUAAACAAACUCCAAAACAACAUUUUCAAUCCAGAACAACUGAAGAACCAGCUUGAGCAAAAAAUUAAUUCUGCCGAAACAGAAAUGAGAAUAAAAGCUGAACCGAUGAAAAUGGAGAUUGAAGUACAGAAGACUGAAAAUAAGCACCAGAAAUUUGGCAUCAAAGUAUUUCCUACCGAUCUGCAAAGAAGUCCUAAAUCAGCGGAAACUUCCCAGAACGACAAUAACACCAACAUUGAAAAGCGAGAAGUUCACACUAGCAUCGAUGAAGUGGAUGCCAAAACAAUUUAUUCACCAUCUACCGAUGAAUUUCUGCAGGAAAAAGAGCAGUUCAAUAGAAAUGAUACUGCAUACGGAUCAGGCUUGAAACGGGACGAGAAUGGUAUUCCUCAAGAAAUUCCCAGUCAUAUGCUGAAUGCUGCUGUUGCGGCAAGAAGAAAUCGAAAGAGUCAAGCGGACAUGAUAUUCAGUGAGGAAGAUUCUAAAGUACUCAAGAAAACCAAAGGAAAAGCUCCUUCACCCCCUACUGAUGACAAAAGCAAAAAAUCGAAUGAAAAUUUUAACCUCACAGAUAUCUCCUCGGACAUGGAAGUCAGUCCCCAGUGCUCCCUUCAUAAUGUUGAAUACAAUUCAAUACAAGCAGAAAAUGGAGCUUCAAACGAUAACGGAAUGAAGAAUUUCGAAGAAGAUUCAGAAGAAGAGACUGAUAAGCAUUCAUCAGUAAACACCAUAGAGCUAAACUCCUGCGAUAUAACAAUUCAUCAAGGUGAAAAUGAUGAAAAACAAAGCAGGAAAACUGCUAGUACUGGCGAUUUAACGAGAAUACAUAAGACCAGAAUAUCCAGCUCAGGAACACUUGAAAGGGCGCAAAGUUUGGAUAUAACGGAUUCUGGUAUUCCAAAUUUAACCAAAAAUACAAAAGGAGGGAAAGACAGAUUUGACUUAGAUUCGGACGAGGAUUUCUUUGGGCAAGUAAUGCUCAACAAAGAGCCGAGACUGUCGUUAAUUCUUGAUGGAUUGAAUACUUUUCAGAGGAACAGACUGAAGAAAUCAACCGAAUGGGGUAACUUGGAAGAUGCCAUUCUCAGGUCGAACAGAGAGGAGGAAAGCAUUUCUCCUGAUACAGUCCACAAUCAUUCACCUGCAAAUUCGAGUUUCAAUUUUGCAGAACAAAGUGCAGAAUUCAAUGCUGUAGUGAAUAAAAUCAAUGAAAUAAAAAAGGAAUCACAAGAGAUAGAGUACGUUAAAAUGAAAGAAUCUAACGAUGACCUGCAUCAAAACAUAAUUCAACAAAAUGAUCAAGAAAAAUUGAACUUGAGUGAAAAACCCAAGAAUCAACUGUGGCCUACAGAAACUGAAACAUCUAUAACUAUACAACCAGUGAACCCAAUAAGAGUGAGGCAAAAAUCUACGGAUGUGACAACGCCAAAAAUCAAUCAUACGAAUAAAACGAACAUCCAGAACGAAAUUUGGCCAAAAGAACUAGAAGAAAUUGAUCAAAGGCCAGUUGGGAAGAAUGAACCGGGUAUCACAUCUUCGAUAUACAAAAUUGAAACAUAUAAACCAAAGUACGAAUUUGGAACCGUGAGCCCAAGAAAUUUCGUAUCAGUUUCAACAGAAAGUCAUUCAAGCGGGACAGAACAUGAAAAAAUAGAUAUUGAACCAACACGUACGAUUUCCAGAACUAUUCUCGCAGAAAAUUCGAAUGAAAAGCCAGAUUUUCCACUGGAAAACUCCAACAAUACUGAUUCGAUAAUUGAAAUUGUGGCGAAUUCGAUUAAUAUUGAUGAUAUGAUUAUGUCGGAAACACCACCAGAAGAUAUUUCAGAACUUGAAACUAUAGAAAUGAAGAAUAGGGAAACAUCAAAUAAUAAUGAAAUAACAACGGUGAAUGUGAAUUCGAACAUAGAAUCAAUAGAAAUAACACCGGAGAAAACUAAAAUGGAUAAAGUAAAAUUACAUAAGAGACAGCAGAUACCAACAAAGGACAGUGAAAAACUUCUUCCACCUGAAAUGUGCGAGACAGAUAUUGAGAAAGAAAUGUUCGCUGAAGCGGGUACUGAAGUUUCAGAAAGUUUGAAUUCAGAAUUUAUCGCAUCAAGCAGCAUGAGGAGUAACGUAGAAAGUCAUUCGGAAUUUGAGAGGAACUCUGAAACAGGUGAAUUAUAUACAGCAAUGAAUAAUACUGACGAAUCUAAAACCUUGACUGACACCGCACCAAAGUAUACCAAGGACACGGAAAGUUUCAUCUUCAAUGAAAAAUAUUCGAAUAAUCAAGAAGGAACUUAUGAUCUACGCGGGGACACUAAUGUCUCAGACGACAUCAAGGUCAGCCGUCAUUCCUUUGGUAGCUUAGAGAGACCGAAAUCUGAUGAUGCAAAAUCGAUCGAAUCAACCAAAUAUUCAAGUAGCGUAAUCAACGUCACCGUCAACAAUGUUCACGCAGAAAAUGGAACACCAAGUAUGCACAGUUUGGAAUUAUCCGUGAAUGGUUCAUCUGGAGAGGCCACGAAUUCACUGCAGAGUGAAAGUGAGUUAUACACUACAGCACUGAACCAGUCUUUGAAAACGGAAAGGGAAACGAGUAAAAUCUCCAUCAACACCCCCGACCUGAUAAAAAACGCUACAAUUACCGAAGCAAUCAAUACGCUAAAUGGUGAUAUGAACCAGAUGGUAAGCUUUGAGGAAAGCUCCAAUGUUGAUCAAAAACGUGCAAUAACUAUAAACUCAACAAAUCACUCGGAAACUGUCGAUAUGGGAAAUCUGAAAUCCAGUAUGGAAAAUUUAAGCAAGCACUCUAGUUUGACAUACAUAACUGAAAUUCAGGUAACACCAACAAACACAAAUCCAAAUGUAUCGGAAAUUGAAAUCUUAACAUCAACAAAUAAAGCAUCGCCGCAUUCCAAAAGUUUAGAAGCUGAAAGUUACGUGAAGAGCUACGAAAUCAAAGAUAUGGAACCCAACAAAGAAACUAAAACCACAUUUGAAGUGAAAGAUAUUAGCGAACGCUCUUCCUCAUCGUUCAAAAUCGAUCCUGAGAAAGAAUUACACAAAAUACAAGAAAUUGCUCAAGAACAGUUAAAAAAAUUGCCAGAAAUGAGAUUCAGUACCUCGAGUUAUGAAAACUCCAUUAAGAAUGUGGAAAAAAGGCAGUCACAGGUAGAACUUUUGAAAUCAAAUUUUGAGAAAUCACCUCCGAAAACCCCUAAAACUGACAUAACAAGGUCCCGUAUACCAAUAUCGACUACAAUGAAAACGCCACCAACUACACCUGAACAUAAAGAAAGCAGUGCGAACGCAGACAAUGAAAAGGAAUUAUUCGAAAUAAUGUCAUCCUCUGUGCAUUCAACACCAAUGGUGAACACAACUAAAUAUCAAAAACCAGCAGUUACGAAAAAUGUAACUGUAACAUCUAUACGAACCAAUUCACGAAUACCGUCAGGGUUACCGGUUAGUGGCAUUAGGCCUCCCGUACCACCAAAAAGAACUGAUCAAGAUAAUGAUUCACUGAGCUCCACCAAUAGCAGUAUCAGUAGUUUUAAACAAUGGGUAUUCAACCCAGUAAAUUCAGUAACGAGUAUUCCUUCCCCUGGAAAGCAAGAGAAAUAAUUCGUGGUUCUAAAAGUGUUAUAUGUAAAAUCCCUUCAAAAUAUGAAAUUAAGAAUCCUUAAAGGUAUGUUACAAGUUAUGAUGAUGAAAUCUGAAACAUACUUUUCAUUGAAUUGAAUUAAUUAAUUUAUCACAUCAGUAAUGUGAUUACAUCCGUUAAUGUUAUGUGGAUUUGUAAGAUUAUUCUACUUAUGUAAUUAAUAUUUUUAUGUCAGUAUAAUUGUUAUCGAGAAAUCUUUUUCGUAUGUAUAUAUUUGUAUGUUAUUAUUUGAGAGAGAAAAACUACAUCAAUUUAAAUCAAUUUUUAUACCUCUAAAACAUUCUGUUUGUUGAAUAUUUUUGUAAAAAAAUAUGUAUGUGAGUUUGGAUAUAAAUAAACUUUUAAGAAUA